GAGUCCACAAAGGAUAUCCUUCACGGGAAAUUACAAUGUGAGGGAGUAUAUAAUGGGAGAGAAAAUUUUGGAGCCAAUUUAACCAUGUAGAAAAGGCGAUAAAAAGAGCCACGCGGGGGGGCAGAAGUACACGCAGAGGUUCUCCUAUGUAGGGUGGCCACUGUGUACUUGUAGCACACGAUAAGGUAAGAGAUCCCCCGCGUGGAAUUCCUAAGCGCGCUAACUGCACAUCUCUCCAUGUGGAAGGAACAUACAAGAAGCGACUCUCCUUUGGAUCGCCGACUGGUGCGGCGGCCAUGAACCCUCCACAUUGCAGGAAAAAUUUGAGGCCGCACUUUUUAUAAUAACUUAUGCGUACGGAAGCACACACGAAUGUAUGCAGUUAGCACGGUUAGUGGUUAGGCACCGCGAGGGGGAGAAAGCUUCGCAUCGCCGUAAUUUGAAGAAGAGUGCCGGGUGACAUGCACAGAUAAGUGUACCGUGCGGAAAUUGGCGAACCUGUGUGGAAAAAAAAAGAGGCAUACGGUGAAGGCAAAGGCGAAGCAUAUGACCGCUUACACGCAUGAGGAUAGUGUGCAACCGCUGGUGAUAAAGCAACAAAGGGGAAGACCCUCCCAAGCGCUUCUGUGGAUGGGCAUUCUCUCUUCCCCACCACCACACACUCCUUAAGUACUGAGAUAAACUCACCUAAUAAUGAUUAAGGUCAUCUCUGCCCUACGCAAAGGAGCCUUCUUAAGAACGUACAAGGAGCUGACCCCCCCAUGGGGUAGCAACACAAGUGGGAAUUCACUUCUCUGCAAAAGGAGUUUAAUAAAGGGGACUAACCCCCCAAGCAGAAGCUACACAACUCUAUCGGAAGAAGCUGUGAAGGCAAUAACGAAUCUGAAAGAAGUUGUAAAAAAACCGGAUAAAAAAAAAAAGAACAUCACAAGAGAGACUCUUAAAAAUUGCCAAGGCCAUAAAAGACGAUAUAAAUUAUUUGGAGAAAGAGAAGAAUUUCACAACAUCGAUAGGGACAAAAAUAAUCUCAUCAUAGAACCUACGGAUUCGUUUCGAGCCGUAAUUACGACAUCGAAAAAUAAUGUACAUGUUCAGGUAGUUAACAAAAGUAAAAAUUACAAAACGGUGUUUGGAUCCUUUGCAGGAAAUGUUGGUUUUACAAAGUCACUGCAGCAGAGUGAAAGGUGCGCCUACAGAAUAGGAGAAAAUAUUGCCAAAAAGUGUAGGAGGCUAGGCAUAUUCAGCAUCGACAUUAAGUUUAGAAGAAUCAUGAGAGUAGAGACCGUUUUGCAAGCUAUGUAUGCCAACAAUUUAAAUAUUACACAAAUUAUUCAUGAGCCUAGAUUGCCCAAGUGUGGAUUAAAUGCGUCUAAACCGAGGAAGAGAAGGCGUGUAUAA